AUGGCUAAGGUUCACGAUGUAUUUCACGUUUCCAUGCUUAAGAAAUAUUAUUCCGACCCAAGUCAUGUGCUGCCCCUGGAAGGAAUUGAAGUGGAUGAGGCAUUAACAUAUGAAGAAGGACCAGUCAAGAUUUUGGAAAGAGAAAUGUCAAGUACAGGGGAUAAUACAGCUACUACAGCUGCAAGCCCAAAUGUUGAUCAUUCAUCAUCAAUGGAUCCAAAAAUUGUUGUUGGAGCUUCUGAAACUGAGACAAGUCAAGUACCACCUCCUCUAACAUUCGAGACAAAAGUGUCUACCAAGAGCAGUAGGUCUUGGGUUUGGGAGCAUUAUGCAGUUGUUACAGGUACGGAAACAAAAGACAAGAAAGCUGCUUGUAACUAUUGUCACCAAUUGAUUGCCUGUGCAAGCAAAAAUGGUACUACUUCUUUGAGUAAUCACCUUCAUAGGUGUAAAAAAUAUCCGUAUAAUAAUACGGAUAAAAGGCAAAAGACGCUGGAGUUUAAAGCAAAAGAGGGAGGGGGAAAAGCAUUAACAACCCAUAUGUUUGAUCAAGAAUCAUGUAGGAGAAUGUUGGCUAGGAUGGUGAUUAUAGAUGAACUACCUUUUAAAUUUGUGGAAAGGGAGGGAUUUCUGGAUUUUUGUCAGUUUAUGCAGCCACGGUUUGAAAUGCCAUCACGUAGAACUUUAACUAGAGACUGCCAUAAGCUUUUUUCAGAUGAGAAGAAAAGUUUGAAGGCAUACUUUGAAACUUUAUCCUCACGAAUUUGUCUCACCACUGAUGCUUGGACAUCCAUUCAAAAUCUGAAUUAUUUGUGUUUGACAGCUCACUUUAUUGAUGAUAAAUGGAAAUUGCACAAAAAGAUUUUAAAUUUCUGUCCUAUUACAAGUCAUGCGGGUGAAGUUAUUGGUCGGACAGUAGAAAAAUGCUUGCUUGAUUGGAAAAUUAGUAAAGUUUUGACUGUUACGGUAGACAAUGCUAGCUCAAAUGACACUUGUUUGCAAUAUUUGAGAAGAAGGCUUAUUAAUUGGAAAGGUACUGUCUUAAAUGGAGAAUACUUGCAUAUGAGAUGUGCUGCCCAUGUUUUGAAUUUGACGGUUAGGGAGGGAUUGAAAGACUUGGAAGACUCUAUUGUUAGAAUUCGAUCAGCUGUGAGAUAUGUUAGGUCUUCACUUGCUAGAGCUCAAAGAUUCAAAUCUUGCAUAGAAAAAGAAAGAAUCGAAAGUAAAAGUCUUGUAUGCCUUGAUGUUGAAACUAGGUGGAACUCCACAUUUUUAAUGUUAGAGGCUGCUCUAAAAUUUCAAAAGGCAUUUGAGUUGCUAGAAACUGUGGAUAGCAAAUAUGUCGAAGAGUUAACUCCACAAAGUGAGAAUGAUACUCGUAGGAGUUCUAAGGUGAGGGGUGUGCCAACUGAAAUGGAUUGGGAGUAUGCCAAAGAUUUAUUGCCUUUUCUUCAAAUUUUUUAUGAUUCUACUGUGAAAAUGUCAGGCUCACGUUAUGUGACAGGAAAUGUAUAUAUGAAUGAAAUUUUUGGCAUUAGUGGUCUUCUUAAUUCAUUUCAAGAAAGUGAUGACUUUGGUUUGUCAACUAUGGCUGGGAAUAUGAAGAAAAAAUAUGAUAAAUAUUGGGGUAAUGUGGAAAGGAUUAACAUAUUGAUUCUGAUUGCUGUUGUUCUUGAUCCCCGGCAUAAACUAAGUUAUGUUCAAUGGGCAAUUGAUGAGGCAUAUGAUCCUAAGAAUGCUGAAAUGUUAAAAGUUAAGGUGGAAAAAGUGUUACAUUCCCUAUUUGACUUUUAUUCUGCUGAAAAAUCACCUCAUAAGGAAGUAAUAAGUCAAAAUCAGUUGAGGGAAAUGGAUAAAAUGGAUGUUGAUGCAAUUACAGUUAAAGGGGCAUCAGAUUACAUGCAUGCAAAGUAUUCUCAAAAGGCUGAUACAUUGGAUAGCACUCACAAUAAAACGGAAUUGGACAUCUAUUUGAUGGAAAUGAAGGAAGAUUUUCACAGUCCAAACUUUCACAUAUUGGAUUGGUGGAGAGAUAAUGCUCAUAGGUUCCAAAUUCUUGCUGCGAUUGCUAGAGAUGUAUUAGCUAUUCCGGUGUCUACUGUUGCCUCCGAGUCUGCUUUUAGUACGGGAGGGCGUGUGUUGGAUUCUUUUCGAAGCUCUUUAACUCCAAGAAUGGUGGAGGCUAUAAUUUGUGGACAAGAUUGGCUUCGCAAGGGUAUUCAACCAAUUGAUUUGGAAGAAAGUAUAACUGAACUUGAAGAAAUGGAAUCGGGUUUGACAAUGGAGCAUUCUAUUAUUAAUAUUGAAGAUUGA